UGUAUUGUGAUAACAAUUGGAAAGACUGUGGAGUUAUAAAGAGAGGAGAGAAACUUAAGAGAACUCAAUACCCAAUUUGAUUGUUAUUGAGAUUUAGAAAGAUGUGGUAUGUUCCCCAUAUGAUUUCAACUCCCAUAGUGAUCAUAACAAGUUUGGUUUUAUUGUUAUUAUUAUUCUUGGGAUGGAAAUUAGCUGAUUGGAUUUGGUUCGGGCCGAGGAGAUUAGAGCAGCUUUUAAGACGGCAAGGGUUCACCGGAAAUUCAUACAAGAUUCUUCACGGCGACAUGAAGGAGAGUGCUGCCAUGAGAAAGGAAGCACUGUCCAAGCCCAUGAAAUUCUCCAAUCAUAUUGCUCCACGAGUCAUUCCAUCUGUCUAUCAUACCAUCCAACGUUAUGGCAAGAAUUCAAUGAUGUGGCUUGGUCCCUUGCCAAGAGUGCACAUAAUGGACCCUGAACAACUCAAAACUGUGUUCUCAUUCUUCAAUGAUUUCCAAAGGCCAACUACGGAUCCCUUUAUCAGGCUUCUUAUACAUGGACUUGUAAGUCUUGAAGGAGAAAAAUGGGUUAAACACAGAAAGAUAAUCAACCCUGCAUUUCAUUUAGAAAAGCUCAAGGCCAUGGUACCAGCAUUCUACCACAGUUGUAAUGAAAUGGUUAGCAAGUGGGAAAGCAUGGUCUCUAGAGAGGGAUCUUGUGAGUUAGAUGUAAUGCCUUAUCUACAAAAUAUGGCUGCCGAUGUGAUUUCUCGAACUGCUUUUGGGAGUAGCUAUGAGAGAGGAAAAAAGAUCUUCAAGCUACAAACUGAACUAACCAAUUUGGUGAUUCAAGCUAGCUUAGAGACAUAUAUUCCAGGAUGGAGAUUUCUACCCACAAAAUCAAACAGGAAAAUAAAAGAGACGAAUAGAGAGAUAACAACUUUAGUAUUGGGCAUUAUAAAUGAAAAGGAAAAGUCUAUGAAAGCAGGUGAAGAAAUACAAACUGAUCUGUUAAGCAUUCUCAUGGAAUCCAAUAUGAAUGAAAUUAAACAUGGAAGAAACAGUAAGGACGUUGGGAUGAGCAUACAGGCUGUUAUUGAAGAAUGCAGGCUUUUCUAUAUUGCUGGCCAAGAAACUACAGCAACAUUACUAAUUUGGACGAUGGUAUUGUUGAGUUCAUACUCAGACUGGCAAGAACGAGCAAGAGCAGAGGUCUUUGAGAUCUUUGGUAACAAGAAACCAGAUUACGAUGGUUUAAAUAGACUAAAAGUUGUAACUAUGAUUUUCAACGAGGUCCUCAGGUUAUACCCACCAGUGAGUAUGUUAGGUCGCACUACUAGGAAAGAAACAAAACUUGGAAAUAUGACUUUACCAGGAGGAAUAAUGCUGAGCUUACCAAUUAUUCUUAUCCAACGUGACCCAGAGUUAUGGGGAGAAGAUGCACAUGAAUUCAAUCCAGAGAGAUUUUCUGAAGGAGUUUUUAAAGCAACAAAAAAUCCAGGUGCUUUUAUGCCAUUUGGAUGGGGUCCUAGAAUAUGCAUAGGACAAAAUUUUGCCAUGAUUGAAGCAAAAAUGGCAUUAUCAAUGAUCCUACAACACUUCUCAUUUGAGCUUUCGCCAUCAUACACACACACUCCCUUUGCCGCCUUAACAACACAACCUCAACAUGGAGCUCAUAUCAUACUACACAAACUCUAGUGCCUCUUAACCUAUUUAUUAUUAGCUUGCACAUUAUCAGAAGGCUAGGAAAGCACUGUGCUUUGUCUGGUAUAAUUUCAAAUCCUUUGAGAAAAAGAUACCUACUACAAAAGGAAUUGAUAUCCUUUCAACUAGACACCCUUUUCAUUGCCACCCAGCUCCUAAAUAAUAAACAGUUUCAGGCUUGGGAUGUGAUUAAUGCUUGUUAUUGCACCAUUUUCUACUAAUGUUCACAAACUUUUCACCAUCCGAAAAGAUACUCAAUAACAAUAGUCAAGUUUAUGCACUACAAUUUUUUAAAA